UAAAAUAUCAACCGCACAUCCACAAACUCAUUUGUCACAUUUCCAAAAACGUUCGUUACCAGCAACAUCCUCCUCCCUUAGAAGUCUUUCACAUACAAAUGGGGGCGGUGACGGCGGCGAUCAUAGCGGUGGUGGGUCUAGGAUUGGGCUGGAUAGCAAUCGAGAUGGCCUGCAAACCAUGCCUUGAGAAAGGCCGUGAAGCCAUCGAUCGUAGCCUCAAUCCCGAUUACGACCCUGAUGACAACGACAACAUCCACACUCCUCUCAACCCUGCCUCUGAUUCCUCCACCUCGCCACCGUCUCAGGCCGCCUGAUUUGUUAACCUCCCUCAAUUUUCUCUUACCUGAUCUAAAUCCAAUCUUGUUGCUUCUUUUUACUUUGUGGGUCGAAUUUGAGUUGUUUGUUACAGAUGGGUGUUGUAAUUUUGUUGUUCUGAUGUAAAUUUUCUUAUCACAAUGUCAUCAUGUCAACGGUUCUUUUUUCGAUUGAUAAAUUAUAUACUUCUACGUUGUAUUGUUGGUUUA